GGGGCGGGCCGGUAGGGACAGAGACCCCCCUCUGGAGGCGGAAAGAGGCAGGACCACUUCCGGCCAGGCGGGGGGGUAACAAGCUCAGACCUGAGGAGAGGCUUGGAGAGAGCAGACGUCCUCUGGACUCAGGAGGGUGAGGCUCAGCUGUUAGCCUCUCAAAAAGAUGGACAGAAGAAAUGACUAUGGUUAUCGAAUGCCCACAUUCCAGGGCCCUGUGCCUCCCCCUGGGAGCCUAGGGCUUCCUUUCUCUUCAGAUGUACAGACUGAGACUACAGAGAAGGACAGCGUCCUGCUGAUGAAUACCCUGUUAUCGACAUCCAAGGACCCACCUAUUGCCAGCCGGUCUAAGAAAAGCAAGACCAAGAAGACUUCUAUUAAAGCUGUUACUAAGACCACACCCACUCCCCCUCCGGUCCCAUCUGCCAAUGACAUUGCUAGCAACAAGCCUAAAGUAACUCUGCAGGCUUUAAACCUACCAAUGUUCACCCAGAUCAGCCAGGCUUCAACUACUACUGAGGCAGCCAAUAUCCAGACUUCAGUUACUGCUCAGACCAAGAAAGCCAAGACAAAGAGAGUUACUCCCAAGUUAUCACUAACUGGCACUGAGGGUGCCACUACACAGAUCAAGUCACCCUUACAGGCCCUAAACCUACCAGUUAACUCACCAACUAUCCAGUCUCCAGUUGCCAAUGAAUCAGCUAAUUCCCUGGCCUUGAUAGCAGUCAGUAAACCUAAGAAAGCUCCUAAGGCAAAGAAAGCUGCCAAUAAGACCAUACCUAGUGCCACAGAGAUCUCACUGGCUUCGACUGCCAUCCACACAGCCACUACCCAAGGCCAAACUGCUAAGGAGACAGCUAGUAUCCAGGCCACAGCAGCCAUUAUGCGAACCAAGAAAACUUCCAAAGCUAAAAGGACAACUGCUAAGACCACAAAUACUGACACUGAAUAUGUAGACUCCUCAAAUGCCCUGGAGGGAGCUGGCAGACAGAUCGAGGCCUCUACUGUAGGUCUAAGGCCCAAAAAGCCUAAGGGGAAGAAGGUUGCCAAUAAAGGCCCAAAUUCUGCUUCUGAGCUUUCUGAGGCUCGGCCUGCCAUUCAAAUGGUCACAAACCAUGCCCUAUCAGUCACCGUACGGAUCAGGAGAGGGUCUAGGGCUCGAAAGGCUACCACUAAGACUCGGGCUCAAGAAAGCCAGGCUCAAAUCACUGACCAAGGAGCUCAGGCUACCUCCCAGGCCAGCAUAAGUGCCCUUGAGACUCAGGUUGCUGCUGCUGUCCAGGCCUUGGCAGAUGAUUAUCUGGCUCAGUUGAGUUUAGAGCCCACAACCAGAACCCGGGGCAAGAGGAACCGGAAGUCUAAGCAUCCCAAUGGAGAAGAAAGAACUGGGAGUAAUUACAGGCGGAUCCCAUGGGGCCGGAGGCCUCCACCACCCAGAGAUGUGGCCAUUUUGCAGGAAAGGGCAAAUAAGUUGGUGAAAUACCUUUUGGUUAAGGACCAAACAAAGAUCCCCAUCAAGCGCUCAGACAUGCUGAAGGAUGUCAUCCAAGAAUACGAUGAGUAUUUCCCAGAGAUCAUUGAACGAGCAAGCUAUGCUCUGGAGAAGAUGUUUCGAGUCAAUCUGAAGGAAAUUGAUAAGCAAAGUAGCUUGUAUAUUCUUAUCAGCACUCAGGAGUCCUCUGCAGGCAUACUGGGAACGACCAAGGACACACCUAAGCUGGGUCUCCUCAUGGUGAUUCUGAGUGUCAUUUUCAUGAAUGGCAACAAGGCCAGUGAGGCUGUCAUCUGGGAGGUGCUGCGCAAGUUGGGGCUGCGCCCUGGGGUAAGACAUUCACUUUUUGGAGAAGUGAGAAAACUCAUCACAGAUGAAUUUGUGAAGCAGAAGUAUCUGGAAUACAAGAGGGUCCCCAACAGCAGACCACCUGAAUAUGAAUUCUUCUGGGGCCUGCGGUCUUACCAUGAGACUAGCAAGAUGAAAGUCCUGAAAUUUGCAUGCAAGGUACAGAAGAAAGAUCCUAAAGACUGGGCUGCUCAAUAUCGGGAGGCAGUAGAGAUGGAUGUUCAGGCUGCAGCUGUGGCUGUGGCUGAGGCUGAGGCCAGGGCUGAGGCAAGAGCCCAAAUGGGGAUUGGAGAGGAAGCUGUGGCUGGGCCCUGGAAUUGGGAUGACAUGGAUAUUGACUGUUUAACAAGGGAAGAGUUGGGUGAUGAUGCUCAGGCCUGGAACAGAUUUUCCUUCGAAACUGAUUCCAGAGCCCAAGAAAAUGCAGAUUCCACCAACAAUCUCAACUUCAGCCAUGGACCUAGUACCAGAAAUAGCUUCAGUGAUGGCGCUAAUAUUAGCUUUGGUGGUAUAACCAACCCCAGUGGUGGCUUUGGUGGCAUACCCAACUCCACUGGUAGCUUUGGUGGCAUACCCAACCCCAAUGGUGGCUUUGGUGGCAGAAAUGGCAUUACCUUUGGUUGUGCACCCAACACCUCUGCCAACUUCAGCAGUGCAGCGAGCAUUAGCUUUGGUGAUGCAUCCAACACUAGCACUAGUUUCAGCGGUGGAGCCAGCAUUAGCUUCAGUGGCAUACCCAGUACUAGUGCCACUUUCUGCAACACAGCGAGCAUUAGCUUUGGCAGUUCAUCCAGCACCAGCACUAGUUUCAGCAGCGGAGCCAGCAUUAGCUUUGGGGGUGCACCCAACACUAGCACUAGUUUCAGCAGCACAGCCACCAUUAGCUUUGGGGGUGCACCUAGCACUAACACUAGUUUCAGCAGCACAGCCAGCAUUAGCUUUGGGGGUGCGCCCGGCAUUAGCAGUAGUUUCAGUGGUGGAUCCAGCAUUAGCUUCGGUGGUUCUCCUACCACCAGUACCAGUUUCAGUGGUAGAGCCAGUAUUAGUUUUGGUGGCGCACCUUGUACCAGUGCCUGUUUCAAUGGCUUUAAUGGUGCACUCAGCACAAGCACCAACUUUGGCAGUGCACCUACCACAAGCACUGUCUUCAGUGGCGCGCUUAGCACCACCACUGGCUUUGGAGGCACCCUUAGUACCAGUGUCUGCUUUGGGAGCUCUCCCUGCUCUGGGGCCGGCUUUGGAGGCACACUCAGUACUAGUAUCUGCUUUGGUGCUUCUCCUAGCACCAAUCCUGGUUUCGGUGGUACACUCAGCACCAGGGUUUCCUUUGGUGCUUCUUCUAGCACCAGCUCUGACUUUGGUGGCACACUAAGCACUAGUGUCAGCUUUGGUGGCCCUUCAGGCACCAGUGCAGGCUUUGGCGGUACACUCAACAGCAGUACCGGCUUUGGCGGCGCCAUCAGCACCAGCGCUGGCUUUGGCAAUGCACUCAAUAGCAGUGCCGGCUUUGGCAGUGCCAUAAGUACUGGCUUCGGUGGUGCGCUCGGUAGCAGUGCCAGCUUUGGUGGUGCCAUAAACACCAGCACCGGCUUUGGCAGCACACUCAACAGCAGUGCCAGCUUUGGUGGUGCCAUCAGCACCAGUGCCAGCUUUGGUAGCGUACUCAAUGGCAGUUCUGGCUUCGGCAGUUCCAUCAGCACCAGUGCCAGCUUUGAUAAUGCACUCAAUAACAGUGCUGGCUUCGGCGGUGCCAUCAGCACCAGUGCCAGCUUUGGUAAUGCAUUCAAUAACAGUGCUGGCUUUGGCGGUGCCAUCAGCACCAGUGCCAGCCUUGGUGGUGACAGUGCUGGCUUUGGCAGUGCCAUCAGUACCAGUGCCAGCUUUGGCGGUGCAAUCAGCACCAACCCCGACUUUGGUGGUGCAUUCAGCACCAGUGUUGGCUUUGGGGCACUUAGCACCACUGACUUUGGUAGUACCCACAGCAGCAGCAUUAGCUUUGGCAGUGCUCCUACUACCAGUGUCAGCUUUGGUAGUUCCCACAGCACUAACCUCUGUUUUGGUGGGGCACCCAGCACCAGUCUCUGUUUUGGCAGUGCAUCUAACACCAACCUAUGCUUUGGAGGCUCUUCCAGCACCAACUCCUGCUUUAGUGGUGCUACCAGUGCCAAUUACAGUGAGGGGCACAGCACCAGUGCCAUUUUCAGCUUUGGGAAUGGAUUGGGCACCAGUGCUGGCUUUGGCAGCAGCCUAGGGACCAGCUCUGGCUUUGGAGGAAGCUUAGGCCCCAGUGCCAGCUUCAAUGGUGGCCUGGGCACCAGCAAUGGCUUUGGUGGUGGCCUGGGCGCCAGCAAUGGCUUUGGUGGUGGACUAGGCACCAGCACUGAAUAUGGUGGUGGACUAAGUCCUAAUGCUGACUUUGGUGGGGGACUGGGUACCAGUGCUGGCUUCGGUGGUGGACUAAACACCAGCACUGAUUUUGGCGGUAGACUGGGCACUAGCUCUGGCUUUGGUGAUGGACUGGGCAGCAGCACUGCCUUUGGUGGUGGACUGGUCACUAAUGAUGGCUUUGCUGGUGACCUGAGUACCAAUAAUGGUUUUGGCGGCACACUUGGCACUGGUGCAGGCUUUGGUGUAAGCCUCAGCACUGGCGAUGGCUUUGGCAGUGGGUCUAAUGCCAGCUUCGACAGAGGACUGAAUACCAUCAUUGGCUUUGGCAGUGAUUCCAACACCAGCAGUGGCUUUACUGGUGAACCCAGCACCGGCUCCAGCUUCAGUAAUGGACCCAGUUCUAUUGUUGGCUUUAGUGGUGGACCAAGCACUGGUGCUGGCUUCUGCAGUGGACCAAGCACUGGUAGCUUUGGUGGUGGACCGAGCACAGGAGCUGGCUUCGGCGGACCGAGCACAGGAGCUGGCUUCGGCGGACCGAGCACAGGAGCUGGCUUCGGCGGACCGAGCACAGGAGCUGGCUUCGGCGGACCGAGCACAGGAGCUGGCUUCGGCGGACUGAGCACUGGAGGUGGCUUCGGAGGACCCAGCACUGCAGCCGGCUUUGGUGGUGGACUGAGCAGCAGUGCUGGCUUUGGUGGUGGACUGAACCCCAGUGCUGGAUUCAGCGGUGGACAAAGCAGCAGUGCUGGCUUUGGUGGUGGACUGAACCCCAGUGCUGGAUUCAGCGGUGGACCAAGCACCGGUACUGGCUUUGGUGGUGGAGGCACUAACCUCGGUGCCUGUGGCUUCUCUUACGGCUAAUGCAGUUGCAGGUUUGUUACCCAUGUUUACAGAUAAUGCUAACGCAGCAGUACUUCCCAUGGAGCCAAUGUGCAGCUUUGGAAUCCGUCCACACAGCAGCCUAAGCAGCUACUACCCAUUAGCUGAGUGAAACACUAAGAAAAAUCUGCUGUUCCUGCUUUGUGUUUGCUUCCUGUGUUGUUGUCGUAUUUUGGUAUCAGAGUUACAUUAAAUUUGCCAAAGGAA